AUGGGUGGACUUUCUGGGUAUCACAUCAUGAUAGUUUCGAAGUAUUUCAAAACUAUCAAAGACUUUAUUAACUUGGAGUUAGUAAGCAAGAAAUUUAGAGGGAAUAUGGAAAAGUUUCACUUCAACCCGAUUCCGUUAAAUUACACAACAAUUAGGUACUUUCCAAAGAUUGAGACACUUCAUUUGUGGAAUAGAAAAGAAGAGAAUUUUUUCAAUGGGAUUUUUAUCCCCAUUGAAUAUAAUGAAUAUAAAAUUGUAUAUAAAAAUAUCAAUGAUAAUAAAGAAGAUAUAAUAAAAAAAAUAUUUUAUGCAAUUAUUAUAUGGUAUAAUGUGAAUUAUGGCACUUAUGAAAUGAAUAAAUAUAAAAAUUUCAAAUUUAAAAAUAUUAGUUACACUGAUAAUGAUAGAAAAAUAUAUAGUGAUACUAUACCUACUAAUGUAAUUAAAAUAGGUAAUCAAUGUUAUAGUGAUAAUGUAGAAAUAAUAGAAAUAAUAAUUGCAAAAAAUGUUAAGAUAAUUGGUGAAUAUUGUUUCAAUAGAUGUAUAAAAUUAAAAAAUGUUAUAAUACCAUCAAGUGUGAGAUCAAUUAUUAAAUUUUUUUUUGUUUUAUUUGUUAUUAUUUAA